AUGAUGCCUUGUUUUAGAAUCCUAUCAGCAUUCUUUGGAUUGCUACCACCAAAAUGCCAUCAAUCAGUCGUCAAUAAUUUAUCUAAUUUUCAAUACAAAUUAAUACAAGACCGUCAUCUACAUCAUCAUCUUUGUCCAAUUUUUGGUUUUAAACGUGCCAUCGUUCCAAAUCAGAGACCAUUUCAUGUUCCUGAUUCGAGUUGGGGUCAAUCAAGGGUUUUGUCUAAUUAUUGUGAUGUUGGUAAAGACAGAGGCACUUCUAUCAUUUCUAAUGUUGCUUCUGACAUCCAGCAACCUACUUCCGUUGAGUGUCAUGCUAAUGAUAAGAAAUUAGACAAUAUAUACAUUCAAGGUGAAAUCAACAAGAAGCCUCCUAUUGUUGAAAGGAUUGAAAGUGUUGAUGUAGGCAAAGGACAGAAAGAAGUACAACCUCCAAUAAGAGGAGAUAGUUGUUUAAAUGUAAAUAUAGGGAGUUCAGAAGAUUUGAAGCAGGCUGCUAAGGUUUCAACAUGCAUAACUGAGACCUCGGAGAUUGAAAAAGAGGCAUGGAAGUUGAUGCAGAAUGCGGUUGUCUAUUAUUGUGGAAGACCAGUCGGGACUGUUGCCGCCAAUGAUCCUACCGAUGAGCAACCGAUCAAUUACGACCAGGUAUUCAUUCGUGAUUUUGUCCCGUCCGCGCUUGCCUUCUUGCUUCAAGGAGAAGGAGAGAUCGUUAGAAAUUUUCUUCUCCAUACUUUGCAAUUGCAGAGUUGGGAGAAAACUGUGGAUUGCUACAGCCCAGGGCAAGGGUUGAUGCCAGCAAGUUUUAAGGUUACAACUGUAAACCUUGAUUCUAAUACUAGAGAAUUUGAGGAAGUUCUAGAUCCAGAUUUUGGUGAGUCAGCUAUUGGACGUGUUGCCCCAGUUGAUUCCGGGCUAUGGUGGAUUAUCUUGUUAAGAGCUUAUGGAAGGAUCACAGGUGAUUAUUCAUUGCAAGAAAGGGCUGACGCACAAACCGGCAUAAAAUUAAUUCUAAAUUUGUGUUUGACGGAUGGGUUUGACAUGUUCCCUUCUUUAUUAGUCACGGAUGCCUCCUGCAUGGUAGAUCGUCGAUUGGGUAUUCAUGGCCACCCCCUUGAGAUCCAAGCAUUGUUCUAUUCAGCUCUAAGGUUUUCCCGGGAAAUGCUAAUUGUCAAUGAUGAAUCUAAGAAUCUAGUGACUGCUAUUAAUAACAGACUCCGUGCAUUGUCAUUUCACAUUAGAGAGUAUUACUGGGUGGAUAGGAAGAAGAUUAAUGAGAUAUAUCGUUACAAGACAGAGGAAUACUCUACAAAUGCCAUUAACAAGUUCAAUAUCUAUCCUGACCAAGUUCCCUCUUGGCUAGUAGACUGGAUUCCCGAGAACGGUGGUUAUCUUAUAGGCAAUUUGCAGCCAGCUCACAUGGAUUUUAGGCUCUUUACACUUGGAAACCUUUGGUCCAUUAUUUCAUCUUUGGCCACUCCAAAACAGAAUGAGGGUAUAUUGACUCUAAUUGAAGACAAAUGGGUUGAUCUUAUGGGGCAUAUGCCUCUUAAGAUAUGUUACCCUGCUUUGGAGUAUGAUGAGUGGCGCUUAAUCACGGGUAGUGACCCAAAGAAUACCCCUUGGUCAUAUCAUAAUGGUGGAUCAUGGCCAACACUUUUGUGGCAGUUGACAUUGGCUUGUAUCAAGAUGGGAAAGCCAGAAUUGGCAAGAAAAGCAAUUACUUUAGCAGAGAGGAAGCUCUCAGUGGACCAGUGGCCUGAAUAUUAUGACACUUAUAGUGGAAGGUUCAUUGGGAAGCAAUCACGACUCUUUCAAACAUGGACGAUUGCUGGGUACUUAACAUCCAAAAUGCUAUUGAAUAAUCCAGAGAAGGCAUCCAUGUUGUUAUUGGAUGAGGACUAUGAGCUUUUAGAGACUUGUGCUUGUGCAUCAAUCCAGGGUGGACGCAAAAAGUGCUCACUUGGGGCAGCCAGAUCACUUGUUUUUCAAUAA